UCGCAGUCGCAGGCAGCACACACACACAGACGCGAGAUAAAGAUGGCGGCGACGGUGGGUGAAACAGCGUGAUAUGCUAGAGUAGUGGCGCUGAACUCGAGUAAUACAGCUGUGUGACAAACCAUCGCAACAUGGAAAACAUGUCACAUUAGGUGUUUACUGGUCAAACCAAGUACCACAAACUCACCUCACCCCCCUUCCCCCUGUGAAAACAUUCAUCUUGUAAUCGUGGAGAAGUCUCACCGGGAGCAUGGCUUCGCGGAGUAAUCAGUACAUCUUUGGGGAGUUCAGCCCAGAUGAGUUCAAUCAGUUCUUUGUGACUCCCCGCUGUUAUGUUGAGCUUCCCCCCUUCAAUGAAAAAGUCUCCUGCGUCAGUCAUCCCUCAGGAGGUUACUACACUCCUGCUAUGCCUUGCAUAACGGAAUCAUUGAGACGGCAGGUUUGCGGAGAGGACUACCAGCAUAUCGAGUUUGGCGUGGACGAGGUUAUGAGUGCGGAGCCAGUGGCUUUGAAAGAUCCACUGUACAACGUGUCCAGCACUCUAAAUCCUCAGGCUCCUGAGUUCAUCUUAGGCUGCCAACCGUCUCAGAAGGCCCUUCCCACAGCCACGCCGGUCACUGACAUCCCAGAUGGUGAAGAACUGAACUCCCUCUGCUGCGACAACUCCGAAAUCUCAGUGCUGGGCGGUCACCAAGCCUGUUCAGACAUGGACGGGGUUUCGGGCGGCUUGGGCCAACGAAAGAAAAAGAAAAAACGGCCACCGGGAUACUACAACUAUUUAGAGGGUUCUGGCAGCAACAGCCCCGGAGUGGUCACAGGUGGAGUUGGGGGUUCGGGUCUGGUAAAUGGACACACUUCGAACGCUCCGGACGACAUGGUUGGGGAGGUGCUAGCUGAGGCUGAGCUCCUGCCCCCUGCUUCUGUAACAUCCACCACAUCAACGCCCCAAACCACCCCACUUACCCAUCAGAGGACUUGUGAUAGCCCUGAGAAUUCAACAUUGGACUUGACAGACAGAGCUUCUUUGUCUACUUCAUCUUCGUCCUCUCAGAGCAGCGGGGUGGCGCAUUUUGCCAGGACUGCAGAGCAACAUGCAGAAUCCCCUGCUUUAGAGAGUCCUGAACUGUUGGGUAAUGGAGGGCACAGCCCCUCUCCAUCUUCUCCCGUUCCCCCUUCUGCUGCUGUGGCCACACCCACUGUCAACACAAUUUCUGCUACUACUGAUGAGAGGGAGGCCGAGGGCUCGGGGGAAGCUAAUGGACUGCCGGAGACCACCCCGCCUGCUGAAACUGCAGACAGACUCCAAGACUCGUCUGAAACGGGCGAUGUGCGGUCGGCUUCCUCUGUCACCCCUCUCCCCGUAGACUCUGAGGUCCAGCCGGUAGUCUUUCCCGCUCCCCCCGCAGCACCUGUGGCCAACCCUCCAAAAUCCUGGGCCAGCCUCUUCCACAAUGCCAAGCCUCUUCCUGGAGGCCCUCAGGCUUACGUUGAGGUAAAGAGCGUGCCCGCUGUGGUCACGGUCACUCCCGCUGCGUCCGAGUUGCCUGAGAAGGCCACGGAGGUGCAUGAGGGUCCUGUUCCUGUGUCUGAAGAUCCUAUGGCCCCAAAAUUGGCAGAUAUAAUCGAGAAUGUGAAGUUGAUACACAAGCCAGUGUCUUUGCAACCACGAGGACUGAUAAACAAGGGAAACUGGUGCUAUAUCAAUGCUACCCUGCAGGCCCUCAUUGCGUGUCCGCCCAUGUAUCAUCUGAUGAAGUAUAUUCCCCUUUUCAGUGAGGUGCAGAGACCCUGUACAUCCACACCCAUGAUGGAUAACUUUAUUCGACUUGUAAAUGAGUUCAGCAAUAUGCCGGUUCCUUCCAAGACCAAACAGCAAGCUGUUGGAGACAAGAUAAUGAAAGACGUUAGACCGGGCACUCCGUUUGAACCCACAUAUAUCUACAAACUCCUCACCCUCAUCAAAUCAAGCCUUUCGGAGAAGGGUCGGCAAGAGGACGCAGAGGAGUACCUGGGUUUCAUUCUGAACGGACUGCAUGAGGAAAUGGUGGCACUGAAGAAGCUCAUCUCUCCAGAGGAAGAGAAAGAUCCCACGCCAAAUGGGCCCGAGUCUCAGCCUGGUGUGGAGGAAGACCCUGCUGAGAAGCAGGAAGAUGGCAGCGAGGAUGAGUGGGAGCAGGUGGGACCCAAAAACAAAACCUCCAUCACCCGCCAGGCCGACUUCAUCCGCACUCCCAUUACCGACAUAUUCGGCGGCCACAUCAGAUCUGUGGUAUACCAGCAAAGCUCAAAAGAGUCGGCAACCCUGCAGCCCUUCUUCACGCUGCAGCUGGACAUCCAAUCAGAGAAGAUCCGCACAGUCCAGGAAGCCCUGGAGAUACUGGUGGCGCGAGAGUCCGUUCAGGGCUACACCACAAAGAGCAAACAGGAGAUCGAGAUCAGCCGGAGAGUGACUCUUGAAGAGCUUCCUCCAGUGCUGGUUCUUCACCUCAAGAGAUUUGUUUUUGAGAAGACCGGUGGAUGUCAGAAACUGAUCAAGAAUAUCGAUUACCCUGUUGAUUUGGAGAUCAGUAAAGACCUCUUGUCACCGGGGGUGCGGGGCAAAACUUUGAAAGGCCAAAGAACCUACAGGCUCUUUGCAGUCGUCUAUCACCAUGGGAACAGUGCUACGGGUGGCCACUACACUACAGAUGUCUUCCACAUCGGUCUGAACGGUUGGCUGCGCAUUGAUGACCAGGCGGUGAAGAUCAUCAAUCAGCACCAGGUGGUGAAGCAGACUGCUGAGCGCACUGCCUACCUGCUGUACUACCGUCGCGUGGACCUGCUGUAGAAACCACACCCCCACGACACGCACACUCGCGCGCACACACACACGUACAUUCAAACACACGUUUACAUGCAGACACACGCAUACAAUCACACACAUACCCACGUGUCUCCACAAGAACACUGCCCAACUUUACGACUGUCCUUCCUCCCUCGAUCCUGCUAUUCCAGAGAGCCAGCUUUUCCGACUUCUUUGUUUAUUCUUUUUGUUUGUUUGUUUGUUUGGGGAAGAAGAGGUAAACACAAGAGACGUAUCUAAAGACUUGUUUUCCUUGCACGCGCGGCCCGGCACGGGUGCGGAGAGGUUGGGGGGACGCAAGUUAGCAUCGGAGAGAACCAGUUUAGACUCACCUGAAUCGCUGAUAACGUCCACAGCCUCAUGUUUGACUGGCUCAGCGAAAGAACUCGAACCGGUUGAGGUCGAAAACGGACGGACUGCUGGGGAACUUCAUUCUUUGUUUCUGUUUGAUCUACUUUUUUUUUUUAUGGCAUAGAAAAAAAUGAUGUGUUUUGCCUUUUAGCGAGGGGAGUCAUCGGCCUAAUUUGCGACAGUUAAGUGGAGCCCGUUUGAUUCUUGACUACAGCAUAAGAGGCCCAGCACACCAGCAAGCUACAGAAAUCUCAAUGUUUCUCCUCACGCAAGACACUCUACUCCGUCACCUCUACCUCCUCUUCUCUCCCCCGUGUUUCGCAAUCCCAUCAGAUCCCUUUAGAUCAUGGAAACAAGACCUCGGGCGAGAGAAAAGGCGCUGCGGUGUGCUAAAGUGGCGAAAGCAAAAUGGGAAAAGCAACAAAAAAAUCGCCUUCGUUUGAGAGAACCUCUGUGUGAUUUUUGGGUUUAGGAUUAGAAUGACUAUCUUACAAUUUUAACGCGCUUUAGAAUAUAAACGAUUAAAAGCUUUGUGCACGCAAACGAAUUAAACUGGUUAAUAAAAACGCGGAUGGGCGUUUCUUGCAGAUAUUUAAGUUUUAAAAGUAUUAACGGAAGGGCAACAAUCCGAAUCGUGGUGGCGGUCAACUCGCUCGGCUCCCCGGGUGGGGGGGGGGUUUCGCUCGUUCUGUAGGCUUUUAUCGGACUCUCUGACACAAACGCGCGCAUCCACUUUUAUGCUGGUGAGGAUAUCCCUGUCGUGUAGAAUUUCACCAUGAACAUUAACCCCCGUUUACUUCAUGUCUCCUCUGGCCAUCGAUCAUGCUUUCUGUUAGAUCGCUUCUGUAUCAAAGGAAUAACACUCACCCGCCUUCUGCUUUUUGAUGUCAGUAGAGGAGCAAGAACCAAGCCACUCCUGCCAAGGAGCUGUCUUGAUGCAGGUGCACGAUGCGAUCUGCAUCUCAUUCUGCGUGUUAGCCCGCUCUGAGCAGUCAGCCUGUAGUGUACGUGUUGAGGCUCUGUGUGCAGCUCUGAGGAUGACAUCUCAGAAUGAGUGGCAGAAAAUGUCUUUUACUCCAGUUAAAACUGUUACCGUGAGGUGACCUCACCUCUGCUUAGGAGUGCCUGAAAUGCUACCACAGAUGUGCAGAAACAACUAAUCAUGAAUGCGUCUGUUUCAGAAGCAUCAUCCUCAUCGUUAAUAUUAUACCGGAUUGUAUUUUGUUGAUUUUUGGAGUUGAUUUUUUGUUUUUUUUUCGUUUCUCAAUCCCCUCAUUUUUUGUUCUAUCUGAAUUCAUAUUUUGAAAGUAAAGUGACCCAAGGUUAAAGCACAAUAAUGAAUAAAGUUAUAGAAGUGCUACGUUUGACCAUAUUUAUUUCUUUUAGCCUUUUGUUCUUUUUUUUGUAAUUUAAAUUCGGAUUUCCACACAAUAAAGUACCGUUUGACCAGAAGAGUAUUUAUAUCUAUUUUGUAACUAAUGCAGCAGAUUGCUCUUCUUGCUCAUGGCCAGGCCCACACAGAACCUAUACACAGCAUUUUGCAUGGAGUAUAUUUUAAAAGAAAUCCUCUUGAUGUUUUAUGAAGAAGAGUGUGCUACUCUAACACAUUUUACGUGUAAUUCCAUUUAUACAUUUGAGAAAUUUUUCUUCUACACUAUAAAACAAUCUUUGCUGCCUUAAAAUCUGCAAGUCAUCUCAACUUUAUACAAAUUUCAAUUUUAUACAAAACUGAGGUUAUAUCUUUUACAAAAACUGUUCAGUUUGAUCAGUUGACGUAAUGUAAAAAAAACUUUGAAAUGCCAAGUUGAUUGACUUCAAAUUUUAAGUAAGCAAAGAUUUUUUGACUGUGUGUACCACUCGGGUGUCAUCGAAAUUUGACAAACAGUUAAUUGGAUAACACACACUCGCCGUUAUAGAAGGUGAUGUAGCUUCCAGGAACCCUAUUUUUUUUGUGCUGAGCUCUUUACAUGGUCCUGUCUCUGACCCCAAUAGUCCAUUUCAAUGAGCCCCUUUUUUCCUUGCAAGCUCCAUCGAGUCUUGCUUUCCAUUUUUCUUGCAGAAAUUAAAAUGUGAGAUUUAAUGUGUACAAGAGGUUGAUUUCUUUUUCUUUUCAGUUGUGUAAUGACAAUUGCCAAGUCCUGUUUGACCCUAUAUCCUUAUGAACUUUAAUUUGGUUAUUAAUCUGCAGAGAGACAUUAGAAGCGCAUCCCCCAAUUGAAACCAAAGGAUACAGACACUGUUGCCUCAUCAUUGCUACAAGCAUUUUUUUUUAGUUUUUAAGCCCCCAAACUUUUGACGGCUUCAUACAGUAUGCACCAAGAACUUGACCUGAUUUCAGUUUCAGCCGCUCUCAUCAAUGAGGAGCACUAGGAAAAUCACCGCUAUUCCUCAGUGUUGGUUCAAAUGUAAUGAUUUGAUGUAUUCAGGUGCAUUUGAUGCACCCUUCAUAUCUUGUUCGGUCUUCAAAGUGGAGAUCUGAAGGUGUUUGUGUUGAUUCAACCCUUAAGACUGUUUUUUUUUCUUUCUUCACUGAUGUUGGUCAAGGGAAGUCCUGGUGUAUAGCUAAAAAAUGAUGUCUGUCUCUCUUCAUUUUGUGCUUCCUUACCCUUAUGUCUGCCGAUAUCUUGAUGCGUUGAGAAUUUGAGCUAAAAACUAUAUGCUGUGUCUCAUCCUCGGCCUUCAGCCUUCUACUUUUUGUCAAAAUGUUCAAAUAAAACAUAAACAAAUUGUG